UUUUUUUGCCUCUAAUAAUGUGUUUGAGAGCAUCAGUUGUAAAGUAGUGAAGAGGUAGAGUUACAGGUAUACAGUGAAUAGCUCUAUUUGAAUAAUGUUUUAAUCCAUAUCAUGAGAAGCAACAACUACUCAACUAAAUAAAGAAAAAAUGACUUUAAGAAAAAAUGAAGGUCAGCCAAACUGAAAAGAAGAAUUUUAAGAACUUUGAAAGUAUCUUCAAGUGCUGUCACUGCAAAGACCAUCAAAACAUUAUAAUGAUGGAACUGGCACUCAUCAGGACCACCCCAGAAAAGGAUAGAAGAGCAAGAGUUUCCUCUGUUGUAGCUACAGGAUAAGUUCAUCGGCGUUACCAACCUCAGAAACCACAAGUUAACAAACAGCUCCCCAGAUAAGAGCAUCUAAAUGAGUAUUUUGGUAUGUUUAACACUUUUAAGUUACUACAUGGUUUCUUAUGUGUUCCUUCAUAUACGUUUUCUAAACGUUUCUGGGACAUUAUAGGUGUAACAAUUCAGGACCAAGAUUAAGAGAUUAAGAGACGUGCUUUAGUGCAUCAGAAAGCACCUGUAUAUAUGUGUGUGUGUGCAAUGUUUUAAAAGUGCUCGUGUGUUUUAGUGACGACAACAUCUCGUAGAGGAUUUUUAGUGACGUUUAUUCGUCUCUGUUUUUUUCCCACCCGUUUUCCAACAAGCCCCGCCUUCUGACGCCUACCAUUGGCUGGUUUGUUUUCUGCCUUUUGCAGUAGGAUUGGUGGGAUAGGGUGCAAUCAGGUAGAGGUAGGAUGCCUCUGCAAACAUUAGAAUAUAUCCCUUACAAUAAUCUAUUCACAUGGCAUUUUCCCCAUAGGACUCCAUUCGAAAGUCUCUGCAAACUUUUGUCAAAAAAUUAAAAAGACUUUACAUGUAGAAAUUCGUUAGAACCACAAAAUUCAGGAUUCGAUAUUUUAGCAACCACCUGGAAAACAAAACAAAAAAAUUAGCAACACCUUAGAAAGCACUCGGACUCUUGACUCUUGACUUGAAUACCUUAGCAACUGCCUAGCAACACCAUAAAAAAGUUUUUGAGCACACCAAUAUUUUUUUUCUUUAUUUUUGCCAGGUCCAGUCAAUAAUGGGAAAUAUUGCGAAAUCCAGUUUAUACAAAUUUGCAGUAAUCUGCCACUGUACUGUAGCUAAAAACUAACAAAAAUAUUGCAAACAAACAAACAAUUCAUUGUUUAAUACAUUCCAACUGGUCUGUAGUAAUAGAAAUAAACUGAGCUUUGGAAAAGGAUUUAAAAAUAUAUUUUUUAAAAGACUUUAUCUGUAGUAAAGCAGUGCUGGAACAGAUGGUAUUACUGCUGUUACUCUCUACUGCAGUAUUUAUACACUUACACAUUUACACAGCACAUUCACACUUUUAUCAUAAUAACUAGAAAAAGGCACAGAAACACAGAGAACUCUAACUAUUAAAAGAAAAAUCUUUUCUUUACAGAAAUUACAGAUGAAGUCAGAGAGCGGUGAGUACUGUUUCGUACACCUUCAAAAGACUCUUGUUUUGAAACUGGAGAAAACUGCUACAGGAAGAUGUCUGGCUGACCCACAUGGAAACAACAGCUUUAGCCUUUAGCUCAGAUUAACAUGAUUAAGGACUGAGACUCAGUUUCAGCAGAGAAGAGAAGAAUUAGAAUUAGAGUUAGUCUGACAGGUGAAGAACGACAGUAAUAAAAUCAUUAAUAAGAUAAAGAUAAAAAAGAACAAUUGUUUUUCUUUUAUACCCUGAAGUACCUUUAUGAGUAGUGUUAUUUGAAUGGAUAAUAAAACACUCCACAGCAUCUUACAGUUCAUUCUUAGUGUUCUUAGUAUGGAGAAACACCUUGAGACUAAUUAGGCUAUUUCUGCCAGCUGUUUCCUACCUUAAGCUCAGAAAUUACUUGUUCAUUAAUAAGCUGAUUACCUGGAUCAGGUGUGUUGGUAGCACCGUAGCAGGUAAUCUCUACACUAAUUAAUGAGCACGUGCCCUGUACUUUUGUCUACAUUUGUCGCCAUGGUGUGGACAUAUCAAAUCAGUGAGAAAAGGUCACAAACUUAUAUAUAUAUUUCAUUAAUUAAACCAUAUUCCCACACUCUCAAUACUCCCACAGUCCAAUCACAGCCUAGCAUGCGCUUCACUUCCAGCCAAUCACAGCUGCAGGGGGGGCGGAGCUUGCCGGAAUACAGGUGGAAAAGAAACAGCACCGGCAGUGUGUUAGAAAAGCGCGUGACGGUCCCUGUCACCUCCACAGCACUGCAGCGCGAGACCAUGAAGACCCCUCUGAUAGUCGGAGAGUUCACAGAGAGACCCCCAAUGAAUCCGGUUUCACCCGUUCACACUGCGGAGGAGUCCGGACUCCGGAGCUAGCUCGGUUUCGGGAUGCGGACGGACUGAUUGGGUCUCGUUCACCUUGCGGCGGAACCGAGAAGGUUAAUGGAUCCACUGCAGUCCAGCCGAAGCUGCUCAUUCCUGGACAGAACCACAGAGACAAUAGGACUUCACCCAUCCCCAGUGUCCAGCCUGCCUUUCUUGACCUCCCCCACCAUGGAGAAGGUUGGAAACCCUGCAGCUUUGGGCAGCACUCAGCAACCCGACUCGUCGUCCAAGUCGUACGUCUCCGGUUCUGUCAGCAUCAGUCGGCCCAGGCCCAGCGCAAAACCCACCAGAACUGUGGACCCUCCUGCAAUCCUACCCUUAACUCCAGUCACAACUAUUCCUUCACCCCGAUCCCAUUCUCCUACAGAACCUCCCCUGCCCCAACUCAGCCCCCAGAACUCCCGGAGCUCCCAGAACUCCAAGAACACCAAGAACAUCCAGUUGAGCCCAAACUCCAUUCCCACUUCCAAAUCCUUCCCUAGUCCUCCUGCCCAGCCCAGCCGGAUUACCCAGCACCCUCCAAACCCAAACCCCAGCCUCAGCCCUAAACCCAACCCGAACCCAAUCCCCCUUUCCCAGUCCAGCCCGGUUCUCCAGCCCAACCAGAGCACAGAACCGAGCCUGAUCAGCCCAGGCAGCACCGAGCAGAAGCUCCCGCUGAAGAAGCCGGCCGACGAGGACAACGGGUUUAGGGUGUAUAUUGUGACGUGGAACGUCGGCUCGGCGAUGCCUCCAGACGACAUCAGCGGCCUGUUCGGCCCUCGGCUCGGCGACGGGAGUGUUGACAUGUUUAUCGUUGGGUUUCAGGAGGUGAACUCCAUGAUCAAUAAGAGGCUGAAGGACGUUCUCUUCACAGAUCAGUGGAGUGAGCUCUGCAUGGAAACUCUCAGCCGCUUUGGAUACGUUCUGGUGGCGUCCCAAAGGAUGCAGGGUGUUCUGCUGCUGGUGUUCUCCAAGUUCUGCCACCUGCCUUUCCUGCGUGGGGUCCAGACCCAGAGCACGCGAACCGGACUCGGCGGGUACUGGGGGAAUAAGGGAGGGGUGAGUGCCCGGUUGAUGGCGUUCGGUCACCCGGUGUGUUUUCUGAACUGCCACCUGCCGGCUCACAUGCGGAACCUGGAGCAGCGGGUGGAGGACUUCGAGAGCAUCCUGCAGCAGCAGCAGUUUGAGGGCGGAGCCGCUGUGGGUGUGCUGGAUCAUGAUGUAGUGUUCUGGUUCGGCGACCUGAACUUUCGCAUUGAUGACUAUGAUAUCCACGUGGUGAAGAGCGCCAUAGAGAACAAUAAGCUGCCUCUGCUGUGGGAGAGAGAUCAGCUCAACAUGGCGAAGAACAGCGAGUCGAUCCUGGAUGGAUUUUUGGAGGGACCUCUUAAUUUCCCUCCAACAUACAAGUUUGAUGUGGGAACGCACACGUAUGACACAAGUGCUAAGAAGCGAAAGCCUGCUUGGACAGACCGUAUCCUGUGGCGUCUCCGGAGGACGGGCUCCCCCGUUCCGUCGCACAGUGCCGCACUGCAGCGGGGCCUGACCUCGUGGCUGGGCGGAGCUACGAGGGUGACGCAGCACUAUUACCACAGUCACAUGGGCUUCACCGUCAGUGACCACAAGCCUGUGUCCGCCUUGUUCUCUCUGCAUUUUCCCUUUAAAGUUAAUCUGCCGUUAGUCCAGCUGGAGGUGGAGAAGGAGUGGACCAAAGUAUCAGAUGCUACAGCCAGGUUUACCAUAAUCUCUGGCUUUCAGAGAAGCUCAUGGGACUGGGUUGGGCUGUACAAGGUGGGAUUUAAACACUACAAAGACUAUGCAGCGUACGUCUGGGCCAAAUCGGACCAUUCAACUCAGGUGACAUUUCCAGAAGAGGAUUUACCGAGAGAUGCAGGGGAAUACAUCCUGGGCUACUACAGCAACAACACCAACAGCAUUGUGGGAAUUACGGAGCCAUUCCAGGUCCAGCUCCCGGUGUGCACCCCUCCGACCCCGCGGUGUCCGUCCCGCUCGGACAGUUCGGACGUCAGCUCUGAGGACGACAGCACCCUGGUCCUGCUCGGCCCAAGUUCUCGGAGCCCCAGUCCCAGGACACGCUCCAGCAAACACCACCAACACCACCACAACAACCCGCGGCGCCAGCGCAGCCGCAGCCCCGCCGUCCCCGCCCUGUCCUCCACCCCGUUACCCUCCCUGCAGUCCCUCAGCCUGCGCCCCCGCGACGGCCCCGCCCGCAGCACCUCGCCCCGGCCCGCCGCCGCUAACGCCAAGAAGGAGCGGCUGGUGUCCCCGGACACCAUCACCUCACCCUCCCUCAGCCCCCUGAGCCCCCGCAGCCCCCUGUCCCCGGGCAACGGGGUAAGCGCACCUGAAGCCCUGGUCGUAGCCAUCCUGGGAGAACACAGGCCGCCUCUGGGGCCGAUCACUGGGGUCGGGGCCGCAGACAGAGCUGGAGACGUAAAGCUAUGACAUCCCUCCAUACUGAAUUCAUACAAUCUGAAUGUGUAAAUCAUUUCCACAUUAAUAAAAUACACUCAUCAUCUAGACUUUAUAGUCCUUCUAAAUUACCAGAAACAGUAAGUUAAUAAUAAUUCAGACCAUAGAUAAUUUAGACCAACCCAUACUUCACACACACUGCAGUAAAACCCAAACCGUAUGCCACACACCACAGGAGAUCCCAGCCUGCACUCCACACACUGCAGUAGAACCCACAGGAGAACCCAACCUAUACUCUACACAGUGCAGAAGAAACCAAUUUAUAAUCCACACACUGCAGUAGAUCCCACAGAAGAUACUCCAUACUCCACACACUGCAGGAGAACCCAACCCAUACUCCACACACCACAGGAGAACCCAACCUAUACUCCAUACCCUGCAAGAGAACCCAACCCAUACUUCACAUAUUGCAGGAGAAUCCAAUUCACACAACACAAGAGAACCCAAACCAUAUCCCACACACAACAGGAGAACCCAACCCAUGCUCCACACACUGUAGUAGGACCUACACGGGAAGCCAACCCAAACUCUACUGAUAUGAGUAAUUUAUUAAUUGAGCUACACAUACAGAAGUAGUGUGUAAUGCUGCAACAUGCCAGAUGUUUUAGCAUGUAGAGAGUUGAAGAGGUUCCUAAUGGAGUCCAUGAAGACCAAAAGCCUUUCUGGAUAUGUAUUAAUUAACUGAAAUAACUAGCCUACAUUAAAUCAGUCCAGCGUGGUCUAAAUUAACUUACUAUGCUCUGCUACUAAUUAGACUAAUUUAAUAGUUAGAAUGGGUUUAAUAUUUUUGCUAAAACUUCUCCAAUGUGGAUUUGGAUGUGAUGAUGUAAUAUAUAUAUAUUACUGAUGUGGAAAUGAUGCACACGUUCAAAUCAGCAUUAAUCAGAGUUCAGAGCAUCAAUUUUUUGUGUGUGUUUAAAUACUUCACACAGCUGAUAACUGUGUGUGUGUUGGAGUGUCAUGACCUCGUCCACAUUCUGCUCUGACCUAACACUGUCAUGCUGACGGGUCAUUAUCAGCGCUAUCGGGGUGAAACUCCAUCGGACCAUCUACACAUCUCUCAGAACGUCUGACCUUUCACCUGGAUCUCACAAACACAUCGCAGGAGAACCCAAACCCACACUCUAUACACCACAAGAAAACCCAAACCAUAUUCCACAAUCUGCAGGAGAACCCAAACCAUACUCCACAAUCUGCAGGAGAACCCAAACCAUACUCCACAAUCUGCAGGAGAACCAAAACCAUACUCCACACACUGCAGGUGAACACAAACUGUACUCCACACACUGCAGGAGAACCCAAACCAUACUCCACAAUCUGCAGGAGAACCCAAACCAUACUCCACAAUCUGCAGGAGAACCAAAACCAUACUCCACACACUGCAGGUGAACACAAACUGUACUCCACACACUGCAGGAGAACCCAAACCAUACUCCACACACCUCAGGAGAACCCAAAUCAUACUCCGCACACUGCAGGAGAACCCAAACCACACACUGCAGGAGAACCCAACACAUACUCCACAACCCACAGGAGAACCCAACCUAUACUCCACACACUGCAGUAGAACCCAACCCAUACUCCACACACUGCAGGAGAACCCAACCCAUACUCCACACACUGCAGGAGAACCCAACCCAUACUCCACACACUGCAGGAGAACCCAACCCACACUUCACACAGUGCAGGAGGACCCAACCAAUACUCCAUUCACUGUAGGAGAACCCAACCCAUACUCCACACACUGCAGUAGAACCCAACUUAAACUUCACACACUGCAGGAGAACCCAACCCAUACUCCACACUUCACACACUGCAGGAGAACCCAAACCAUACUCCAGAUACCUCUGGAGAACCCAACCCGUACUCCACACACUGCAGGAGAACCCAACUUAAACUUCACACACUGCAGUAGAACCCAACCCACACUCCACACACUGCAGUAGAACCCAACACAUACUCCAUACACUGCAGGAGAACCCAACACAUACUCCACACACUGCAGUAGAACCCAACCUAUACUCCACACACUGCAGGAGAACCCAACCCAUACUCCACACACCACAGAGAAACCAACCCACACUACACACACCACAGGAGAACCCAACCCAUACUCCACACACUGCAUGAGAACCCAACCCACACUCAACACCCCACAGGAGAAACCAACCCACACUGCACACAGUGCAGGAGAACCCAACCCAUACCCAACCCACAGAAAGCUGUUGUUUAUCAGAAAGCCAUACUCCAGCAUCUCCAGCCUUACUGCUGAGCCCACAGUUGCAGUUCUGUCAUGGUGAACGAGGUGUUCUGUGUUUGUUUAUCUGUCUGUAACAGCGGUGCUCCAUCCUGGUCCUGAAGAUCCACCACCCUGCACUAGAGCAGAGCGAUAACAAACAGCUAUAUUGAUUGUCAGAUAAACAAUAAUAAUUUAUAUUUUGAGUCAUUUAAUUACCAAAUAAUUCAUAUGCAGCUUUUUGGUAUUGAUGAACAUUUAGAGCAUUAAUUUGCAGAAUAUAAGAAAUGGAAGAAAUAACAAAAAAAGAUGCAGAGCUUUCAGACCUCAAAUAAUGCAAGAGUUAAGAGUUCAGAAAUCAAUAUUAUUGGUGGAAUAAUCCUGUUUUUUAAUCACAGUUAUUUAUGCAUCUUGGCAUCAUGUUCUCCUCCACCAGUCUUACACACUGCUUUUGGAUAACUUUAUGCUGUUUUACUCCUGGUGCAAAACUUUAAGCAGUUCAGUUUGGUUUGAUGGCUUGCGAUCAUCCAUCUUCCUCUUGAUUAUAUUUCAGAGGUUUUCAAUUUGGUAAAAUCAAAGAAACUCAUCAUUUUUAAGGGCUUUCUUAUUUUUUUCCAGACUGGUGGAGGAGAACAUGAUGCCAAGACACAUGAAAACUGUGAUAAAAAAACAGGGUUAUUCUAUAAAAUAUAUUGUUUAUUUCUGAACUCUUAAAAAAAUAUGAAUAUGAACUUGUUUUCUUUGCAUUAUUUAAGGUCUGGAAGCUCUGUAUCUUUUUUUUUCAGCCAUUUCUCAUUUUCUGCAAAUAAAUGCUCUAAAUGAGAAUAUUUUCAUAUUAUUCAUUUCACUCAAACAUAUACCUAUAAAUAGCAAAAUCUGAGAAACUGAUUCAGACAUUGAAGCGGUCUCUUAUUUUUUUUCCAGAGGUGUAUACAUAUAGUGUUUAUUACAGUGUGGAGUGAAAUCCUUUUAAAUACUCUAAUUACCCUAACUACUCUACAUAUAUAAACUGUAUUUAAUAGGAUUUUACUGCUUGUCUAAGAUUAUAAUAUAAUAUUGAGCAGUGCAGGGUAAAAGGUCUCCAGCUCCAGGAAUGGAGCACCCUGGUCUAUAUCCACACAUUCGUACAGGUGUUUGUUUAGGAGUUUUAUUAAACUGUAUCUCUACAGUGUGUGAUUCGCCCGCUGCUGCCGAACUGGAUUUAUUAUAGUAUCUACUGUAUCUGUGCAGCACUCUGCUGGUGGGUGGAGCUAACUGUAGAAACUCAUCUGCUGUGUUCUCUAGUUCUCUGUUCAGUUCUGUGAUUUGUGUGAUUUGUGUGUGAGGCAUUUGCAUAUUUUGUGGUCUGGUGAGCGCUGUGUCGUGUAAGGGCUUAAACACAUAUUUACUGUAUAAAAUAUUAAAACCUGUACCAUGAA